AUGCACCCUGUUCAUCUUCUUUCUUACCUUCUGCCUUGGCCGUUAUCCAGCUGGUCAUCGGCAACAUCGCUGGACGCUGGGACGUCCAACGUCCAGCAGUCAGUACAGCGCACCGUGCGCUUCGAGCUCCAUCUUACAGCAGGCCAAGUGGACGCUCUCGGUGCUGGUCCACGAGCUGCCAUUCUCGUAAAUAACAGCUUCACUGGCCCUACUCUGCAUCUCAAGCAAGGGGAUGAGGUCGAGGUCAUAGUCCGCAACUAUCUGCAGGAAGACACAACUAUACACUUUCACGGCAUCGACCAACGCAAGACACCUUGGAGCGAUGGAGUACCGGGCCUCACUCAGAGUCAAAUCCAUCCCGGUGCCUCGUACCGCUAUCAGUGGACCGCAGAGCAGCCGGGAACGUUCUUCUAUCACGCUCACUCGAAAGGACAGCUGAUGGAUGGCCUCUACGGCGCGGUCAUUGUCGACGCACUACCGGAGGUUGACAGGCCUUUCCACCUCAUCGAUGGGAGCCUGGAGGCUCAACAGGCAAUGCGGAGAGCUGAGCAGAACAUGCAGCCGCUACUACUCGCCGACUGGAGUCAGUACAAGUUUGAUGACUUUUACCAUAUCGAGGAGAUUGCCAACUUCGAUCUCGCCUGCACGGAUGCAAUCAUUGUCAACGGCAUUGGGUCACAGUACUGUCUUGACCCGGAAUCCUUAGACAGCAUGACGAACCCUAUUAUUCUUAAGAUGCUGCAGGAUCUCGGCGAGGACCAUAUGACUGCGAAGGGUUGCGUGCCUCCGAUCCAGGCACUUCAAGGUGACUAUGAUGUGCACCUAGGCAAGCUGCCCGCCGAGUCAAUCCGAAAAUGCGUAGGCGGCAGAAAUCCCAAGGGAAACUUCACCGUCAAUGUCGACAGCAAGGAAGGCUGGGCGGCCCUCACGUUUAUGAAUGUUGGCGGGCUAUAUCCUCUGCAAGUCUCUAUCGAUAAUCACGAUCUACAUGUAUAUGCUGUCGAUGGACAAUACAUCAAGCCUGUUGUCACAGACCGUGUUUACAUUGGCAAUGGCAAUCGGAUUUCGGUCCUCGUGGAACUAGACCAGGAGCCAGCCCGAUACAUGAUAAGGAUGGCCAACGACCUUCUCAACCAGAUUCUUGGGGGCUUUGCCGAGUUGGCGUACGACGGAGCGACACAGCAGCCAAGAAAUACCCAGCCCAAGAUGAACUAUGCAGGACAGCCUCUCAUCAAAAAUAUCCGCUCUUUCAAACCCGAAGAGGGUCGUCCAUUUCCAUCCCAACAGCCCGCUCGCAGACCGGAUCGCACAUUCAAGCUGUAUCUGAGGAAGCCAGGCCGCCCUUACGGAGCAUACGAAUGGAGUCUAUCAGGUCAAGAAGUAUACAAUAUGACAGCCGAGGAACGAGACCCGCCAUUCCUUUUCAGACAACCCAACGAGGUGCCCCAGAGCGAGCUCAUCCUCCGCACCCAGGUCGGGGAGUGGAUUGACAUCAUCUUAGAGACCGAAGGCCCCUUUGCGCAGAGCCACCCGGUUCACAAGCACGGCAACAAGGUCUACUUCCUCGGCUCCGGGGUCGGCAAGUUUCCCUGGGCCACCGUUGAGGAAGCGGAGCGAGCUCUUCCGCCCGGGGUAUUCAACUUUGAGGAUCCGUCGUACCAGGAUACCUUCACGACGCCUGAUAUCGCCGGAGAUGCACCUGCUGUGUGGACUGUCGUGAGGUACAAGGUGGAGAGCCCUGGCGCUUGGCUUUUGCAUUGCCAUGUGCAGACUCACCACGCUGGCGGGAUGGGUGUGGUCAUGCUGGACGGGAUUGACGAGUUCCCUCAAGUUCCGACGACUUAUUUGGAGUGGAAUGGCUUCCAGCCGCCAUCUUUGGACUUGAGGUAG